CUACACAGGAAAACGAUGCCACAUUAAAGUUAGUAGUAUUUUCUUUAUUUAUCGUUGUUGAUUUUGUUGCCGAAUCGUCGCUUUUUUCUCUCUCUCCAUCUUUUUCGCUUCGUUUUCGAUUUUGCAAUGUUUCAAUAUACGUGUGCGUGCGGGAUGUUCUUAUUUUGUGAUCGCUUUAUUUAUUUAGUGUUGUUGUUUAGACGAUGCGCUUCAUUUUUUCCAUUUUAUUAUUUUCCACUUGCGGAUUUUUCCCCUAUGAGCAAUAAAUUUGCGAACGCAUUUCAGUCGAGCUGGAUUAAAUGUAAAAUCGAUGCUAUAAUGUUGCAAUUUAUAAAAGCGCUGAGCACAGCGCACUGUGCAGUCGAUGCAUGUUGUGUACGGCAGCGAAUAGUUUUAGAUCCUUCGUAACUACAUUGCAAAGAUAAACCUGCCAACGGAAUGUACACCGAAUAAAAUCAAAUGUAAAAUCGAUGCUUCGUUGUGUGUGUGUGUUAAAAUAACACUGUUCAUCGAUUCGCUCUCUUCGCCCAUAAAAUUUCAGCAUUGUCGAUAUUUGCCCAUUUCGUCUUGCUUACGUUCCCGUUACAACUGCAGAAAGAAAAACAAGAAAUUUUCAAUCUUUCAUGUUCGAAAUUCGAAUGAUGGUUUCUGUUUUCAUGUUGAAAUUUAAAUGUUGCAACUAUGUGUGUACUGUUGUUGUCUGUAAAUUGUUCGUUGGAAAACGGUUUGGAUAAUUCGAAAAAAGGAAGAAACCCGUUUUCGACUGGUUGUUAUUUGUGCGAAGCAUGAGGAAGAACGGGUAACGAAAUGAUAUGAAAAAUUUUGGCAACGAAUAAACAGAAGCCAUUGUACAAAUUGAAAAUUAAAUUCCGUUGCAUGAUAUUCCUCAUGUUGGGUUUUGAAGGCGGAACCAAUUCUUCCCUGUUUGUGUGUUUUAAUUCAAGUUUCAAACGACUGCCAAUGCACAAUGAUGCUUCCACAUCUUGUGCGUGUUCAACAGCAUAUGCUAUAUGCUAUAUGCUAUAUGAACAACGCACAUUUGGCUUCAACUCAUUGAGAGCGGGAGGUAGAGAGUGGGAAAAAGUCGUAAAUGCGAGUUUUUUGACAAUGAAACACAAUCGUAAAACAAACGAAUCGUCCAUAAAUUUUUAUAAACCAAUUUAAAUUCUAUAUCUAUCUGGAAUGGUGGAGUGAUGAAUCCUCUCCACCAGGAUUCGCGUGUGCGCUUAUUGUUAUAUACGAUUUCAUUUGGAUUUGGAGGAUAUGCUGUACCACAGUAGCAUUAGCCGGUGAUACCGUUUGAUAAUUAUAGUAAUUUCCAUUCAUCCGUAAUUUCAUUUGCUCACACACACACACACACGCGCAACACAAACAAUUCACACGCGAAAUUUUUCGGUUCGCAUCCAGACCGACAGCAAUGGUCUUCCGACACACACAGAAAGAACCCAGCGAAUGACUUUUACGCUCUGAAACAACAUCCAUAGGCAAUAUUGCGCUUGCUAACGAUGAACAUAUAUUACCAUUAUAAAUGCAACACGAUGUACUCUCAAACGAAUGUUUGUCAUUGCCCGACACAGGAGAGUAAAAGCGAAUCAUUUGAAAACGGAAAGCGAAGGGAAAAAAUCAUUUCGUUUGCCAUCUCGAACAACCAUUCGUGUUGAACCCAUUCAAGCGUUCAACUUCGGGGCUUUAAUUUCCUUUUGUUCGAUCCCAUUGUUCCCGUUGUUGUUGUUGUUGUUGUUGUUGUUGUGUUGAGUGUUGUUUGCAAAUUACAUCAAGCAAUUAUUCGGUGAGGCUUGAGCCGGGUAAAAUACACUUUUUUUCUUUUCAAUUCAUUUAGUUAAGUUAAGAAGAGGAAAAAAAAACUACGAGGUUUAACACAAAUGUGUGAUGCCAAUGGAACGGCUUUUUUCUACUCGAGCUUUCUCUUGUUUGCAAUUCAGUUGCGUCGGAAAUCGGACAAUGUGAGUGGAAGCGCAAUAGUGCAGAAAACAAGAUAACGUGAUCAAUGUGAGGUGAAUUGUUGUAGGUUAUGCAUUCACACUGAUGCAAAUGAAAUGUAAACUACCUGCUCCUUUCUCCAUACGUCAUCCGUACCAUAUGUAGAUUGUCACUCUUUCGGGUGGAGACUUAAAAAAACCGUGCAUUAUUCAGCAUUUCAUAGUGCCACUGUUCGGCGUCGCUCAUUUGAAUGUGCACAAGUUAGACUGAUAGGCAACAUUGUAACACUUUUUAAUUAAACAGAUCAAUGUAGAAACAGAUCAAUUCACGAAUAUGGAAUGCUUGGAUUAUUACAAAUUGAAAUUGACGUCAUUUCCUUCGAAAAUUUUCGCUUCAAGUAUUCUGACAGAAUAUUGAAGUAAAUCGAUCAUAGUAAUUUUGGUUGAAAAAAGAUAAAAAAGAAAUUUCUGAGUUUUGUUACUUUCGUCGAUUGAAUGUUUGAAAUUGUGAGUUAAAUUUGCGAUAUGGCGGAUAUAAGGGAGUAUUUGCGGGAAUUGCUCAAGAGAGCUAUACCAGACCGGUCAGGAGAGAUCGUGAACUUUCGAGAGCUACGUAAUCUACUCGAAGUUUCGAUUGACGUUCGAACACAGCGAAAAAGUUCGACUUCCACGCAUCACGGCGCAGAAAGUGAUGAUGGGACUCAUUAUCUUUCCGAGGAUAAAGAACAAACGCCGACGAGUGAAGAAGAAGCACAAAAAAUGUUGAGCGAUGAAGAAAAACUGUCAUCGCUUUCGGACGAAAUGAUAAGUGAAGCAAGUACGCCGAAAAGUGAAAUUGAAAGUGAGACCAUUGGAGAAACAGAAGAAACGAAACAUAAUAUCACUCCAGUCCGGAGCAAAAUUGUUGAAAAUCAAGCGGAAGCUCUCAAAGAUGCAUCGAAACAGGGAAGUUCUGCAAAGGAUGAAGAAAAAUCAAGUUCAAAGGUUAAGCAGCCAAGUGUAAGAUCACAAAAAAGUGUAAAAUCCCCAAGAGAUUCUCAUAUUAAACCUCAAAAAGUGGAUUCGACAAGAUCUUCGAGAACUCAAUAUUCAAAAAAUCAAGCGUCAAAAACUGAAAUGCCAAAAACGUCAAAAACAAAGCCAUCGAAAACUGAACAUUCAAAAGAGGAUGCCCAUAAAGAUCAAUCUCAUAAAAAAAUUGAACCGACGAGUCCAGUGGAAUCAAUGGAUGAAAAAUACGAUAGUUUAUCCGAAAUAGAGUCGCCAAUAAGUUCAGGUAUGGAAACACCAAUAGCACCGGAAUCACACACUCCUCUCACAGGAAAAGAAUCUGCGAUGACAAGUUCUGGCGAAGAGGGCAAAGAACGCGAAACACAUACAAGUGAGGAGGCGAGUUCAAGUAGCCAUCACAUACCGAAGAAUGAUCAAAAGGCUGGCGCAAGCGGUACAACCGAUAAAAAGAAACCGCCUAUGGAUGGCGACAGAAAACGAUUUUACUGUGACGACGGCGAAUUGUUGUUGGUUGUGAGAAUGCCAAAGGAUUUGGUGUGCAAUACAAGGGACCAAAGUGAAUUCACAUUCGAAUUGAGCGAAGAAGAUUUCCGAAGAGGUGAACGAGAGAAGGACACAUGAACGGAGAGUGGAUGAGAUAAAAAUAGACCAAUGAAAUGAUGAUACGAGUUUUAUAUCCACAUUCAAUGUUGUACCAAAAACUAAUUGCAAUUGAUUUUGACGCAAAAGUUUGUUCGAAAAAAAAUGGUUAUGUGAUAAGUUAAAGUUUUGUAUUGCUUCUGGACGAAAAUUAAGUCGCAUUUUUCUUUUUAUUGCCUAGACAAAGCGAAUCGAACAACGAACCGAUCGUUAUUAU